AGAAUAUAGGCAAUACAGGAGACUCAAUUUUUAUCUACCACCAGAUCGGUUUCCAUGGCUACUAAGAUUAUCAGCGGCACCAAAUUCUCGAGUCUGCCGGCGAGCUAUAUCCGCGGCGAGUCAGAAAGGCCGAAGCUCGCCGAAGUUGAUGUGCUCGAUAACAUUCCUCUCAUCGACCUCAGUUGCGCAGAUGAAACUCUACUCAUCCAACAAAUCGGUCAAGCCUGCCGCGAGUAUGGCUUCUUUCAGGCGAUUAAUCAUGGAGUAUCGAAGGAGGCGGUGAAUAGGAUCGUGGCAGUGAGUCACGAGUUGUUCGGGUUGAGCGUGGAGGAGAAGAUGAAACUAUAUUCGGACGAUCCUAGUAAAACGAUGCGGCUGUCCUCGAGCUUCAACGUGACCAAGGAGACCGUUCACAACUGGCGCGAUUAUCUCCGCCUCCAUUGCCACCCCUUGGAAAAAUAUACCCCUGAGUGGCCCACUGUCCCCUCUUGUUUCAAGGAGGUUGUUAGCAGUUACUGCAAGGAAAUCAGGGAACUGGGGCUGAGGCUGGAGGAGGCGAUUUCGUUGAGUUUAGGAUUGGAGAAGGAUUGUUUAAAAACGAUAUUAGGAGGGGAGGAGCAAGCGCAGCACAUGGCCUUGAACUACUACCCGGCUUGCCCGGAGCCGGAACUCACCUACGGAUUGCCGGCGCAUACGGAUCCGAACGCGGUGACCCUCCUUCUGCAGGAUAUGGAGGUGGCGGGGCUCCACAUUCGCCACGACGGCAAGUGGUUGGCGGUGAAGCCGCACCCGGACGCCUUGGUGAUCAACAUCGGGGAUCAGAUUCAGGCGGUGAGCAACGGCAGGUACAAGAGCGUGUGGCAUCGGGCGGUGGUGAAUGCGCAUAAGCCGAGGCUGUCGGUGGCCUCGUUCCUGGCGCCGUCGGAGGCGGCGAGGAUCAGAGCUCCGGCGGAGGAGGGGAGAGGGAAUGAGUAUAGGGAGUUCAGCUAUGAUGAGUAUUAUAAGACGUUUUGGAGUGGGGAUUUGGACGACAAGCACCGCCUCGAGUUAUUCAAGAACUAGCUGCAGUCGCAAUUAAUAAUACUGGACUAUAGUUUUUAGUUUUAGUUCAUGCCAUAAUCUUUCCUCCAAUUUUAUACUACCAAUACACAUGAUACACCACAAUUCAAAAUUCAGAAAUAAAAUCAAUGUUAUUGUAAUACUACCAUUGGAAAAAUAAAAUAGAGGAUGUUGAGCU